AUACGAUGACGACGAUGACAGAAGUUCAUUUCCUAGAAGUAAUCGCCGAAGACAACGAAGAGAAAUUGCAGUAGAUUUGGAAAGAGGAAGACAGCUUCAGGUCAUCAGUCCUAAAUCACUUCCUGAAAAAAGGGGGACUUUUUACCGAAAAACUUCAAAAGGGACAAGUAUAUUGCUGACAGAUCUCCAGUAUUUUACAAGAUACAAGGUAAACAUACGGUCGUGUCAGGGAAAUGAGUCAAAACCAAAAUUUUGCAGUGAGUGGAAAGACUACGAAGCCAUAACAUCACCAGACCUUGAAAUGAAUAAUGUGACGAAUUUGGCGAUCUCCAUUGUGAACGGCCGUGGCAAGGCGGAGGAAGAAGGAAUUUGGAACUCGUCGCCAAUGGAAUACGGUGUUAGGCCUAACGAUGAUGUUAAUUUAAGCCACGCAGGCGAUUCGCCUUUCGCCUCCUUCAACUUCUCCUUUGCCGUCACUACUAGUAAACCUCCUGUUACUUCAUCUUCUUCCUCCUUCUCAAUCCCUUUGUCAUCGUCAGUAUCCGUAUCCACCACAACGCACAAUCUGUUGCUGACUUGGUCCCCACCUGAAGCACCAAACGGAGAACCCCUCGCUUACUUCAUAAAAUACUCGUACAAGAACGCAUUGCAGGAAAAUAAAGAAGUUGUUAAGUGCCUGAGUGUGGAGCAAGCAAGGGUAAAGGGCUUCCAGUAUGGAUUUAAAAGCCUUAAGCCUGGCAAAUACAAAUUUUCCAUCAUGCUCAGAUCUACAAGUGGCGACGGCAUCUUCGUGGAAUAUGAACGAGAAAUCUUGCGUGAAAUGCUUGAUGCAGCCCGAGAACAAGGCGAAAUUUCAUCUCGGAGGAGACACUGUAUGCCACAGAUGCUUGUCGAGCAGCUCAUCUGGCAGGGGAUCGAGAUUUGCACCUUUCCCAAGUGCGCAGAAUUCGGUGAUUCACAUGAGGUAUGCAGUGAGGAAGUUACACAAAGGUUAAGCACAUUUCCACCUUUCGACCUUCAAGCUGAGGAUGGUGUGGUCACCUCUUCUGCAGGAGCGCAUGAUGUCGAGAUCCUAGAACAGAACCUCUGA